UCCAGAGAGGCGGGGCGGAGACUGCAGGCGCGGAGGACGCGGUGGUGGGACUGGGAUCCGCAGUAGCUCGGGCGGCGCCUCCCUGCGGCGGCCCGGCCCGGCUCCGGCCCCGCCGGGGCGAUGCUCCCCGAGGCCGCGGGAUGAGCCAGGUGAGCGCGGGGACCCCCAGCACCCACUUCCCGGCGCACAUUGAAGGGGACCUGGCGGCGGCAGCCGCGGGCCUCUGUUCCCCAGGGCUGUGUGACCUUGGGCAGCCCCGCACCCUCUCUGGGCCGAAGCCCAGAGGACAGCCAGGACUGGCGAAGGCCCUUCUGAGUUCCGGCUCACAGGCACCAGCUUGGGGCGCUAGAGAGGCUCCUUGGAGGAGGCGGGGCCUGGCCCGGGCCAGCCGGCUGCCGGAGGCAGCCGGAUCAGCAACGCGGGCAGGUCGGCCCGGCUCCGCCACCCACUGCUCUGUGACCUUGAGCGAGCUCUGCGCCUCAGUUUCCUCAUCUGUAAAAUGGAGAUAAUAUCACUGCACGCUCAGACCUGGCCAAGGUCAUUGCAAUUACUUUACUACUGCUGCUGUUCUGUCGUUAGAAUGACACAGUCCUUACGGAAGGGGGGCUGAGGGAGGACCUGGGAUCUUUCCGGAGGAAGUGGGAUCGCCACCAGCCCUGAGCAGUCGACCUAACCCCUCUCUGAGGUCGGGACCGGGGUUCCUACUGUGAGUCCAGGGCCGUGGGCUACAACUCUCUAGGGCUCAUCUCUUCACCUAUCACAGGGGCAGUAAGGAUGGGCGCCUCCCUGCCUGGGCGGGAGGACUCGGCCAAGUCCUUCAAUCCCCCCCUCCCCCAAAGAACCAAGCAGCAAACACUUAUGGACACUAAGUCAUUUAUAAAAAUUAUCCCAUUAGUUCCUAUGAGGAAGGUACUAUUAUUGUAUCCAUUUUGCAGACGGGAAAACUAAGGCGAAGAAUUUCUCACAGCCAGGGCUCAAACCCAGGCAUUUGGUCUGAAACGACAGGCUGGUGCAGGUGGUCAGUGGCAUAGCCUGUACUGAGCGCCUGCUGGGUCCUCACAGCCAUCCUCACCCGUGUCCCUGCCCACAGUGACUCGGCUGGCCUGGGCAUGGCAGACCCCGUGGUGGGCAUCGCGGGCUCCGCAGCCAAGAGCGUGCGGCCGUUCCGCUCAAGUGAGGCCUACGUGGAGGCCAUGAAGGAGGACCUGGCCGAGUGGCUCAACGCCUUGUACGGCCUGGGUCUGCCCAGCGGUGGCGAUGGCUUCCUGACGGGGCUGGCCACAGGCACCACCCUGUGCCAGCAUGCCAAUGCCGUCACCGAGGCCGCCCGCGCGAUGGCCACUGCCCGCCCAGCCCGUGGGGUGGCCUUCCAGGCACACAGCGUGGCACCCGGCUCCUUCGUGGCCCGAGACAAUGUGGCCAGCUUCAUCGGCUGGUGCCGCGCAGAGCUGGGUGUGCCCGAAGUGCUCAUGUUCGAGACCGAGGACUUGGUGCUGCGAAAGAACGAGAAAAGCGUGGUGCUGUGCCUGCUGGAGGUGGCGCGACGCGGGGCCCGCCUCGGCCUGCUGGCCCCUCGCCUCGUGCAGUUCGAACAGGAGAUUGAGCAGGAGUUGCGUGCCGCGCCCCCGGCCCCCAGUGCCGGGGAGGACGCUGCCACCGCCGCUGCUGCUGCUGAGAUCGCCACCGCCCCAGGGGCUCCCACCCGCGGGCCCCGCAUGACACCCAGCGACCUGCGCAACCUUGACGAGCUGGUGCUGAGAAGCCACGUGAUGGUGCGCGUGGGCGGUGGCUGGGACACGCUGGAGCACUACCUGGACAAGCACGACCCCUGCCGCUGCUCCUCCACGGCCCACCGCCCACCCCAGACGAGGACCCGCACCUUCUCCCCACAGCGGGUGUCGCCCACCCGCAGCCCCCGAGCUGGUAGCCCAACCCCCGGGGGUGAGCGCAGGUGCUCCCGCCCGGAGGUGACACCCAUUAGCUUACGCAGCUCGAAGGAGGGGCCCGAGACCCCGCUCAGGGCCCGGGACCAGCUGCCCCCCAAUCCCCGCUCCCGCCGCUACUCCGGGGACAGCGAUUCCUCAGCCUCCUCAGCCCAGAGCGGCCCCCUUGGUGCCCGCAGUGAAGACUCAGGCACCGGCCCCCGACGGGAACGGCCCAGCCGUCGGGUGACCACAGGCACUCCGGCCUCCCCGAGACGCCCCCCCGCCCCGCGCAGCCAGUCCCGAGACCGGCUGGAUCGGGGUCGGCCGCGUGGGGCCCCAGGAGGCAGGGGAGGCCAGCUGUUGGGCCCCAGCCCUGCCCGGCGGGCCCGGAGCCAGAGCCGUGAAGAGCAGGCUGUGCUGCUGGUGCGUCGGGACCGAGAUGGGCAGCACUCGUGGAUGCCACGGGGCAGGAGCAGCCCCCAGACUCCCCGUGCCCACAGCCCCGCAGCCCCCCGACCUCCCCGGGUCCCCAGCCCCAGUCCAGAGUUGAGCACCACCCCGGCCAGUGUCUUCCGCACCCCCCUGCAGCUUGACCCAAAGCAGGAGCAGCAACUAUUCCGGCGCCUGGAAGAGGAGUUCCUGGCCAAUGCCCGAGCCCUUGAGGCUGCUGCUGGCGGGACCCCCACUGGACCAGCUCCUGAUCUGGUUCGGGCCCCGGACCUUCCAGCUCCUGACUCAGCCUACUGUUCCUCCAGCUCCUCCUCUUCGUCCCUCAGCGUCCUGGGUGGCAAGUGUGGCCAACCCACAGACUCUGGCAGGAUGGCCAAUGGGCUGCCCGGGCCCCGAGGCCCAGCUCUGUCCAGCUCUUCCGAUGAAGGCAACCCCUGCCCCGGUGUAGGGGGCCCACCAGAUGCACCUGGGAGCCCCAUGGCCGGCCCAGAACCCCUGAGGACCUGGGCACGAGGCCGGAUGGACACACAGCCAGACCGAAAACCCUCACGCAUCCCCACACCGAGGGGCCCCCGCCGCCCAUCUGGACCCACGGAGUCCAGGGCCUGGCAUGCCCUGCACUCAGUCAGCUCAAGGGCUGAGCCGGAUUCCUGGAUGUGAUGGACCAGCCCAGCUGCCCCCAGUCCCCCAUUCCUUCUCCUUUUCCUUUGUGGCCUUAACCCCUCUGCAUCAGGGAGCCCCCCCCCCCCCGCCUCUUGGGGACCAGACCUCAUGGGACCAGACCCCUUGGGACCACAUGGCACAAUGGGACCUCUGUUGUACAUUCCGGUUGGGGGAUGAGCAUUGCUAUUUAAUUACUAAUAUUAUUGAAUGCCUUAGAGGGGGCUGGGCCAGCCCAAUAAGGACACUUCCUGAGGUCCUGUGGCCCUGCAGAGCCUGACAGUAAAGUUUUGUUCCAGCUA